GGCACCAUGGCAAUAGGUUGUUUGAUCGAUUUUGAAUCUGUUUCGAAUAAAGUGAGCCACGAGUCUAACGCUGAAUCUUCCGAAUCAGCUCCAAAGCAUCGCCAUGCCGCCAACAGGUGCCAUCAAAGUCUACGACGAGGAAUUCAAUCAACAACUUCAGUUAGCCCGCACUCUCAUUGGGCAAUUGCCUCGAAAACACGACCGGGAGAUUGCCACCAAGUGGAUCAGCAAGCUUUGCUCCAUGCAAUCGCAAGAAGUUACCGUCAAACGCAACCGCAACCAGUUCUUCAAGUAUAUGCUAACCGUCCUCCAUCGCGGCAUCCAUGACCGUCCGGAGCACUACGGCUAUCCACAGUACUCCACCAAGCAUGGUGCCACUGGCAAAACGAUGGGUAAGAACUACAUGAGCAGGUGGUCGGCGGAUAAGCGGACGUACGUGGCGGUGAAGCCGUUGCCAGGUCGUGGCACACUUGUGUACAUGGCGGUAUCCAGCCAGCCCGAGCUCGGUUGGGAGCUACACGACUAAAUUAACAGUUAUACCUUAAAUUUUUGUAUAUACAAUGCAGCGUUCAAACACAUGGUGGCUCCUAGCGACGUUUACGGCCCUUGUUGCCGGGUCCUUUAUGCAAUCCCUUGCGGCUCUUCGGUUUCUUGGCAUUCUUUGCGUUGCCUUUACCUUGCCACUACGGCCAGCUUUCGGCCGUCCGCUGUGAUUUUCCUCCGACCGACUGUUGAACAAAAUAUUAAAUAUUAACUUGUUGGCACA